AUGAGUUUAUACGGACCGGCAGCUUUCGAACCCCGCCACGUGGCCAGGAUCGCGGGCAGUCAAAAGAGAAAAGCGAGUCGCGAAACUUGGGUUUACCGUCAUCAGGGAAAACAAAGCCCCCCCUCGCGAAAAGUCAGUACUCACGGAGUAUCCCGCGGUCACCGGGCUACUGCUAGCAACCCGGAGCGGGUAAAGGAAAAUGUUAAAGUCCCGGACUCGAUACCCUAUACGUCACCAGCAUCCGAGUUCAUCUACGGCACGGGGGCCGUGGAAGCAGCAUUGCGCUCCAGCCGGCGCCAACUAUACAAGCUCUAUCUCUACCAAGCGGCUGGCGAAGAACUAAGCCCGACAAAAGUGGUUCUCCGCAAGCUGGCUCUUUCUAGCAACAUUGAGGUCAAGUUGGCCUUUGCCGGCUGGGACCGGAUCCUCGACAAAAUGAGUGCUGGUCGACCGCAUAAUGGUUGUGUCCUGGAGGCAUCUCCCCUACCAAAACUGCCCAUUCGUGGCUUUCAACCAGUCCAAGCCUUGGCCGACAGCCAUUUUCGUGUAGAACUGGCACCCCAAACGAGGGAAGAAGCAGCUGUUAAUGGAACCGAUGAUCGCAUCUCUAUUCUUCAUCCUCCAAUUUCGCCAUCGGGACAACAAACUCAUCGAUACCCCGUGGCUCUACUCCUAGAUGGUGUCGUGGACCCUGGCAAUCUCGGGGCUAUCAUAAGAUCUGCUUAUUAUCUCGGAGUCGAUGCAAUUGUCUUUGCUGGCCGUAACUCAGCACCUUUGUCGCCUGUGACGAUCAAGGCAUCUGCCGGCGCAGCAGAGAACAUGUCUCUUCUUCACGUCAAGAAUGAGGUUGAUUUCAUUCAACGAUCCCAGAGUAACGGAUGGAAGUUCUAUGCGGCCGAUGCGCCGGGUCCCGGUGCCACCUACCUGGAUCGUCUGUCCGCUGGCGAUGGACCAAACGGCAACCACCCAAUUACUCAAUCUCCCAGUGUGAUCAUGAUGGGGAGCGAGGGGUCCGGGCUGAGCUCGCAUAUCAAGUCGCAUGCGGAUGCAAUUGUCAGCAUCCCAGGUGCCCGGCACAGCGCUCAUCUGGGCGUUGAGUCCGAUCCAGCUCGCAUCGAUAGUUUGAAUGUCAGCGUUGCCGCGGCUCUUUUGAUGGAGAUGUUCUUGCGAACCCCGCUGGGUGUUUCAGAACCGGCUAAGAGGGGGAAGGGUAAGAUGUGGUGA